AAUCCAAUGUUGGAAGAAGAAAGAGAGAGAGCGUCCCAAUUCGGGGUUUGGCUUAAAAGAAAAAAGAAAAAGUAAGAAAAUUAGUCCACGGUACUUCGGCCUAAGGUACUGUCAUCGGUUGUAUAUAUAAAUAAAUGGAAGAUUAUUUGCAGAGAGGAGAGGAGGAGGCAGCCGCAGCAUCUGCAGAGCAUGGUAGCUGCAAUUUGCCUUCUUGCUGAGGGAAGGAAGCUGAGACGUCUGCGAGCAUGAACGAAGUCGACAAGGAUGAAGUACUGCAGCAGGAGCAGGACCUGGUUAUGCCAGGUUUCAGGUUCCACCCAACGGAGGAAGAGUUGGUGGAGUUUUAUUUGCGUCGGAAGAUGGAGGGUAAGAGAUUCAGCGUGGAGCUCAUUACCUUUGUGGACCUCUACCGCUACGAUCCAUGGGAGCUUCCAGCCUUGGCAGCCAUUGGGGAGAAGGAGUGGUUCUUCUACGUGCCAAGAGAUCGCAAGUAUCGCAAUGGAGACCGUCCGAACCGGGUGACGACGUCGGGCUACUGGAAGGCGACGGGUGCCGACAGAAUGAUCCGCAACGAAAACCUGAAACCAAUUGGCCUCAAGAAGACGCUGGUCUUCUACUCAGGCAAAGCUCCCAAGGGCAUCCGCUCCAGCUGGAUCAUGAACGAGUAUCGUCUGCCCCACCAUGAAACCGAGAGGUUGCAGAAGGCCGAAAUCUCUCUCUGCCGGGUGUACAAGAGACCAGGAGGAGGCGAGGAUCGCGUCCAACCACCAUCUAUCAUGCCUUCGACCAGGUUGCCUUUCAAAAAAGUUGCACCAAGCAAUUCAAAAGAAAGCAUCAACAUAUUAGGAGGAGAGAAGGAGGAGAUGCCCGGGAGGCGUCAGUCAGUGCUGGGCGGUAGGGGCGAUGGGAAUCCUUCUGUUGCUGCUGUAACUGCUGCCGCUGGCAUGGGUGGCGGCGGUGGUAGGUCAAAUAAUGCCAUCGGCCUAACUGCUAGUGGAAGCUUACCUUCCCGUGCGAACGGAUUGCUCGCUUGCCAAAUUGAGAUUCCGGCCGGCACCAACCAACGUGCUGGAGAUAUAUUUGGCGGUCCUGCUGCCCACGUUGACUCGCUCAGAUUGGCUUCAUGUAGUUCAUCGGCUGAAGCAGCAGCAACCAUAAAGCUGCAGGACCAGCGGGAUCAUGUUGAUGGUGCUUCCGGCCUUCUGCUGCGACCAAGAACCCUCUCCUUUCCUCUUGUCCAUCCUGCAGCAAUUGGCGGCAUGCAGUUUGCUUCCUCGUCUCCUCCAAUGGCGGCCUCUCUUGAAGAAGACAUCCAUAGAAUAGUGGAGUACCAUCAUCAAUGCCCUGAAAGUCUCAGUAUUUUCCCCAAUGCGUCCCACUUCCAACAGUCGACCAGUCCUCAAAUGGCGUUGCCCAGCUCUCUACCCAGUUCCUUGUCAGUUCUAGCAGAGAACCCCUGGACGUGGAACCCCAUUCCCGACCACACUAGAGAUUAUCGUUUCAGAGAAUAAUAUAUGGAUCUCUUCCACACUUCUCUCUCUCUCCCCCUUCAGAGCAACACCAACACAAGAAUCAGUAGCAGUUUUCCUGCGUGUAUGUGUGCGUAUUUGUCGCACGCUUGUGCGUGUAUGUAAAUUACUGAGUUGUGAUAAACUUGGUUUGAUUGACAAAAGUAUUAUAAUUAAUUG